UCAACUCCAGAGGUUGCCUCUCACUUCCCCCGAGCUGAUAGAAAGUUUGGAGCCAUGGCUGACGGACGAGAAGAGGAGAAGAGAGAAGGAGGCCAGGAGCUUCUGGGCGCAGUGGGUGGGGAAGAUGUCAUUGAUGACCCCAUCAUGGAUCUGGCUGCAGUGCUCCUCAGAGGGUAUGUCAUUGAACUUAUAAACGCAGAGGAGCCUGGUCGACACGUGUCGCCUGAGGAUCUGGGAGGAAGGUCGAGUGAACAACAGGAUCCAAAAGUCAAAAAAAUGGUGGAACAGCUGCUACAGAUCACUGAGCUGAACAGGAACGCCGAGCUCCAACAACUCAUCAACCAGAUUCCAGGCAACUGUGCCCAGGGUAUCUUCAUGAAGGUGGCCAGAAACAUCUUUGCUGAUGGCAUCAACUGGGGUCGUGUGGUGGCUCUCUUCUAUCUGGCCUACAGACUCAUCUACAAGGCAAUAACCAGCAACCAUGAAGAGAACAUUGGAAUCAUCUUCAGCGGGUUUCUUCAGGUCAUCAGAGAGCAGCUCCACACCUGGCUCGUACAGGAGGGAGGCUGGGAGGGGGUGAUCCGUGGGAUUUCUCGUUGGAGGACAGUAGCCAUAGUAGCAUCAGUAGUAUUAGUGGCAACUUUUGUUUACUACAGGAGAACACGCUGAGAGCUGCAGACCUGCAGACCUCACAACCAGGACCGCAGUGCCAUCACUUGGGGAAAAGCCACUGCAUAAUAGAGGCAGUUUCUAGAAACAUUUACGACCACUCCUAAGCCUCCGUCUUCUAAUGCAGUACUAUAAAUAAUCACAAUUUGAUCUAUUUAGGUAAUUAACUAUCUAAACCAACCUUAGGUGUGCUCCAUUUCAAACAACCACAAAAAAAUAACAAUUUAAGUGAACUUAUUAACACGUUCAUAAAUCCAGGCAAGAAAUGCAAAUCAAGCUAAAUAACCACACUCGAAAAAAUAACUCACACUCGUUUUGGAGUUGGUCUGCCGUCAGAUUUAAUUUCAUCUUGCUGCUGUAGAUAAAAGACACAUCCUACGGAUCAGUGAUGCUUUCUGGGUUCAUUGGGUGUUUCGGGUCUCGCAACAUUAGUGUCUGAAGUUUUGCACAUAAAAUCAGAGUUGACUUCCUG